ACUGCGCAGGCGCAGCUAGUCCAGGACGCAGCGGAGAAGAGGGAGACCGAAAAUGGCCCUCAAUAAUUUAAUUUUCGCACAAUGCAUCCUUUAUUUUUUAGCCUUUAUGUUCGGCUUUAUCGCCGUGGUGCCUCUGUCGGAGAACACGGAGGACUUCGGGGGUAAAUGCCUACUGUUCACGCGAGGAAUGUGGCAGAACGAAAACAUCACUGUGUCCAAGCAGCGCUUUAUCGUGGAGGAGUGGGGCCCCGAGUCCGCCUGCAGCUUCAUCACUUUUGUCGGGAUAGCGUCCCUCGUGCUGUCCGCGGUGCAGGCCUGGAGACUGCUCUUCUUCCUCUGCAAGGGACACGACGACUCCAUCUUCAACGCCUUCCUGAACCUUCUGAUCAGUGCCCUGGUCGUGUUCACAGUCUUCCUCUCCAGCACCAUUGUGAGCGUGGGCUUUAACCUGUGGUGCGACGCCAUCACAGAGAGUGGCAGUAUGCCCAGCAGCUGUGAGGACCUGCAGGACACUGAUUUAGAAUUGGGCGUGGACAAUUCAGCGUUUUAUGACCAGUUUGCUAUAGCUCAGUUUGGUCUGUGGGCUGCCUGGCUGGCCUGGCUCGGCAUCGCGGUCAUAGCCUUCCUAAAGGUCUACCACAACUACAGACAAGAAGAUCUGCUCGACAGCCUCAUCCACGAGAAAGACCUACUGCUCGGACGCUCCCGCCGCAACUCUGACCUCAAGACCGGAAUACUCUAGACCUCAAGACCUAGACCUCACCAAGACCACCAUCCUAACUGCACAAGAACCUGCAUCAACCUGUAUACUGAUCACCUUCUUCUUCUAUCGAGACCUUCUUCCAACCCCUUUCUGAUCUAAACUGUAUUUAAAGGUGCACUAUGUAACUUUUCCAGUGGACGAUCUGCUACCUGCUCGUCUCCAUGGAGCUGUUAUCGCCUUGGAUUGUCCCACAGUAUGGCAUCAAACAAAUCUAUCUGCAUUUAUUUCAUUAAGGGUGUUAAUAUUGCUCAAAAACAACUUGUAUUAAACACUUAUUCUUACUACAAAGCAACGUUUCCAUGGAGACAAACAGGUAUCGGACCCUCUACCAGAAACGUUACACAAUGCCCCUUUAAACCCCAAAAAUGACCCCACCUAUGACUCAGUCCCAAAUGCACAAGAUCCCCCCUGACACACAGCUGCCCGUAUAGACAAUCAUAAUCAAUCUCUGUGUAUUGAGCUGACAGUGGAGUCAAACAUAGGCACGCUGUCGCAUUGUUCUUUAAGAUAUGGAUUUUUCAUUGUAAUAUCUACUCUGAUGGUUACUCCGGGGUUGUCUCCUGAGGGUUUAAGGAGACACAGUUCAGCUUCAGCAGUAUUAUGAUUAUUUAAAGGAAUUGUAUAACCAGUUGUUGUCAGGUUAUGUGUUACAAGUGUCGAUUUGUGCGGUUUUCCUCAUUUGCUUUGGUUCAUUUAAAACACGGUGAGAACUGCCAGUGCUAAACAUAGCGAUGCUCCACUUUUUGAGGAGACUUGUGCACCCAGUGGUAUAGAUUAUAGAAUGUGUUAGAUGAGACUCAAACUCAAAUAAGCCAAUAUAAUAGAAGUAAAUGACAUUAAACAUAUCAUACAGUGAUUCAGUUACAUGUGUUUAUAGCUCAAAAAUGUCGUACAAACAUGCGUCCUUACUGUGAGCAGGGUGUCCACAGAUCCAAACUGUAACUUGGUCUGCUUGUCAAGUUUAAUGUCAUAAUGUGGAAUAUCUCAGACAAAGAAAAUACAUCACCAUGGUGACAAGCAGUAACAGACCCUCCACCAGAAAAAUUGCAUAGUACCUUUAAAUACCUUUUUAACUGUGCCAAAUUGGCUCAUUUAGUGACCCACUUGUUGAAACAGAAAUUGCGUGGACCAGUUUAUGCUUCACAUAAAAUGAUAUGGUCAUAUGUGGAUUAUCUGUUUCUAUAUUUCUUAGAUAUUAUAGAAUUAUGGGAACACACCCUAUAAUUUAUAGAAAACUAUUCAUGUUUUUUUUUUAAAGAACCAAAGCGACUAAGGAAAGCUGUGGUACGACUGGCUGAUGGCUCAUAUUGUCUUUGUGAAAUCUGCAUGGAUCUACUGCAUGACAAAACUAUAGGCUUCUAAGCUAUGUAGACAUUUGUUUUAUAUUCUACCAUUUACCAGUUUACCAGGCUUUCAGGUAGGACGCGCACUGCUUCUGGCCCGGUGAGACUCCUUUGGCAUGCUGCUGGCAAGUCCAAGUGCUUUAAGUGUAUUCGCACCUUUAUCGACAAGUACAGGAUGUGUUUUCAAAUCUAUGACUCAGAUCUGCUCACAUAUUAACUGCUAGCAGCACAUCAGAAAAUGCUUUUAGCUACCUGCUGAUGAAAAGCUACAAUGUGCCAUAUUUUAACUUAUAAAUAAUGGAGCAGUUGCACAGUGUACCCGCAUGCAUUUUUGUUUAGUAUUUUACAACAAGAAAUGAAUCGCCGGGUUUUGAUAGGCAAUGAGACUUUUAUUCAAAACAAUAGAAAUCAUAAAACAGUAAGAACUGAGGAGCAUCGAUAAAGGCACUGCUUGAGAGUGACCAGAAAUGAUUGGACAAAUGUGGGUCAAAUGUGGAGACUAUUCUAAGUGUGCUUAUAUGGUUGAUAUGGGUUGGGUUUAUUGCUGAUGACAAAUUACAAAUCAGUUCUACAUAAGCUGGGACACUGUCAAAUCAAAAUAAAAACUGCUGUGUGAAAUGAUGAAUGGUUUGGGGAAAAUAUAAUUUGCAAAGAAUUAUGUUGCUAUGAGAUUUAGGUAGUAAUAAUAGGAUUCUGGUCAAUGUUCACAUUCCAAACGGGUCCUGUAGAAUUGACAAAAAACUGAAACAUGAUCUGACAAACUAAUACAGAUGUAAACUGUAUCAGCGUUUUUAUGCAGAAUAAAAGAGUAGAUGUUGUUGUUUGUGGAGGAAAUGAUGGUACUUAAACAAUUGCAGCCUUUGGGAUUCACUAAUUCAAAUUGCGAUUUCAGUUUGAUCAUGAUUAAUCUUGCAGCUCAGUAGUAGUAGUAGCAGCAGUAGUCAUUUUUAUUCCAAAUGUACAAAGUUGGAGUAAUCAUUAGCAACAAAAGCCAUCUGGAAAAACAAUUCUAUAGGUUGGAAUGUUUACACCAAUCCAUAUGUUCUUUACUUUUAAAUUGUGAAGUUUUCAUUUGUCUGAAACACAUUUUGUUACACGCUUUAAAUGAUUCCAUAUCUGCAUUUUACCAGUUUAUCUCAAUGCCUAAUCCGUACCAUUUUGUUGCAGUAAUCAUAUUGAAAAUGGCCUGUUAUGUGAACUAUAUAUUUUACAUAACAGGUUUUACAUUUGACAGUGUCCCAAUAGUAUAAGUACUGGUUUUGUACUCUGACAGUAUGUAUAUCAACAGUAUUACUUCUUUCUUUUGCCUUCAAAUAUGAGACAUUCACUAUCCAAAAACUCCACUGAUUUUCCUGAAAAUGGUGUUAUAUAAAGGACAUGUUUUACUGACUCUAGUGUGGGUUAUUGCUUAUAAUGAGGUGUUGGUUUUCAUUUCUGUGCCCUUUGACCCCAAACGCAUUAGUACAAUGGUUUGGCUGUUAGAAAAUGCAUCUGUGUGUUUGAUAAAGGGAACUGUCUAUUGUUUUUGGCCUUGUAGCAGUAGCGGUAAUGACGAUGGAACACCUAAGUUAGCUCACAACAGUCUGAUGAUAGCGCUUGACAUCACAAAACCUGAUUAUUAUUAUUCUCAAUACAAAUUUUUGAAUACAAGGUAACAAAAAUUUUAAAAAAUGAAUUGUCAGUUAAAGGUUUUGUGUGCACGCAGAAAGUGUCUAAUAUUAAAAGACAUGUACAGGCGCAUAUCAAAAAUUUUUAAAAGUGUGCCACGUAACUUUUCUGGUCUGUCACCUGCUUGUCUCCAUGGAGAUGUUAUCAUUCUGCCUGGAAUGUUACACAGUAUAGCAUUAAACAUCUGUCUAGCAUUCAUUUCAUUUAAUAGAAAUAAAUACCUUGAAAAUAUGUUUUCUUGCUGUUAGUGGUGUUCCCUCUUCACAGUUUAUUGAGAUACUGUAGUAGAACAUUCCAGUCCAAAGCAAUAACAUCUCCAUAGAUACAAACAGGUGGUGGACCUUGUGCCAGUAAAGUUACGCAGUGCACAUUUAACAUUGUGUAAAAUUUCAGUCUAAAAAUUUCUGUGAUAAAUUUAACAAAAUGUUCAUAUUACCUGUUUCAGUUUUCAUUUUAAUUUAAAUUCUCCACAAUAUUGUAAGUUUUCGAUAUGCACCUGGUUUUAGGGAGGUUAUUCCGUGGUACACAAGCGAUUAUAAAGACCAUUGAAAGCAGUAGCAUUCAUUCACUUGAGUAUAUCCUCUUUGACAAUAGACAAGUCUCAGUGACAUGACACGUUUCAAUGUUUCUUACCGACAGAAGUGGGUAGUACUCAGUUACA